CAUAAGAUUCUGGACAACGAUAACAAUCAAGUGAUCACUUUAGCCAACUAUACGACAGAAAUCAAGGCGACCCACGCGUCCGGCUGUAAGGAGUACCACGAGGACUACGACAACCUCACGGUGUGGUACCGGUGCACCCAUUACCGCAAGUUCCACUCGUAUCGGGAGCGCUGGUGGUUCAUAGCGCUCGACAAUUGCAACUCAACAAAGGGAUUGAAGUUGAGAUACAAGAUUACGAUGACUAACAAUGUUAACGAUGGAUGGCUCCGGCAUUUCUCUGCCGACGAGUUUUGUGAGCGAUUUCUGUUGCCUAAGAAUUGA